ACAUACUCUCGUAAAAAAAUAAAUAUACAAGUUUAUAAAAAAACAAUAACUUAAUUACAUACAAUAAUAUAUGUAUUAAAAUAAUAUUUUUAACAGUGAUAAUAAAAUGCAUACUGUUACGGAAGUGGAAACGAGUGUCCCGGCAUUCCUUGGAAAACUUUGGAAAUUAGUUGAAGAUCCUGAGACUGACGACCUUAUUUGUUGGGCACCCAAUGGAAGGAGUUUUUUUAUUAGAAAUCCGGCCCAAUUUGCUAGAGAACUAUUGCCACAUUAUUAUAAACAUAACAAUAUGGCUAGUUUUGUACGUCAAUUGAAUAUGUAUGGAUUUCACAAGAAGGUAUCCGUAGAACUUGGAGGUUUGAAAUGUGAAAGGGAUGAAAUGGAAUUUGCGCAUCAGUAUUUUAUUAAAGAUCAUCCUUAUUUACUAGAACACAUCAAGAGAAAGAUUGCAUCCAGUAAAACUCAGGACGGUCAUCCUCCGAUAAAAGCUGAAGUAAUGAAUAAAGUUUUGAGCGAAGUGAGAAGCAUGCGAGGACGACAGGAACACAUGGACUCGAGACUUGGAGCUAUGAAGAGAGAAAACGAAGCACUGUGGCGAGAGUUGGCGAUGCUCAGACGAAAGCAUCUUAAACAGCAAGAAAUCGUCAACAAACUCAUACAUUUCUUAGUGACACUUGUGCAGCCAUCAAGAAGCGGCGGUCUUUCUGUUAAAAGACGAUAUCCUUUGAUGAUCGAUGAUCAUCAACGGAACAAACAGAUGAAAGUAGAUAAACUUGUACCCGAAGCUUCUCCCACUGGCCCUGUGAUUCACGAGCUAGAUGCCUCCGAACAUGAGCAUCACGUUGAUGAUCUUGACUCUGAGUACAUCGUUGCCGAAAUGCUGGAGAAUCAUCACCCAUCUGUCCAAAGUCCUGAGUCCAUAGCCGGUUUGGACGACGAACAUAUUGAGACAGUUCACUUUUCUCAAAACACAACCGGUAAAAAUGAUCAGUCAGAAACCCAAGAAACGUCUUCUAAAAAAAGAGUUGCCUUGAAACCAAAAAAGAAGAGGAAAAACACAGUGCCUGUCAAAAUUCUGAUCCCAUCGACGGAAAUCGGAGAAGAACCCAGGGAAGAAACGUUAAUGCUCGAAGUUUACCCGAACGAAACUACUCAGCCCCCGGUACAACUGUUGGAGAAAAAGCCAUCAGUGAAGCAACAGGUAAAACCGAUACCAAUAAAGACUGUAAGAAGCUCAAAACUCGCAGCGAUGGCAGCAAACAUCAACAAGUUGAACGAUUCAUCAGAAGCAGAUGAAGAUUCCGACGACAUUGACAACGAUCUUAAAGAAGUUGUCGCUGCUGCAGCUGUUGCUGACGAUAGUGAAUCAAACAGCAUAAAUUUGGACGAGAUGUUUAUUAUUCCUGAGAUGCUAGCCGACACUGCCGCUUCUGCUACAAGCCUCGAAAACAAUGAAGAUGCUGGAGAAAAAAAUAAACAAAAAUCUCGUGGACUGGCUCAAGAUGACACCAGUAAUGGAAAUGCCAGACAUUCUGGUGAUAAGAUGAAACAGGAAGCUCCGAAACCGGACCUACAGACCAAGACAACGACUUCAAGCAAUAAUAGUGAUGCAGGUUCCAGCAGCAAGACCGGCAAUUUGUCAUUGAGUUGUGUUAGUCCUUCGAGCAUGUCUAAUCCAUCUUACAGGUUAGGAUCGAUGGAAGAAAUGGAUAAUCAUCUGGAAGCAAUGCACAAUGAUUUGGAAAAUCUUCGUGAAAUGUUACGCAGUGAAGGCUACACCAUUGACGCCAACACAUUAAUGGAACUAUUUGGUAAUAACGAUCCAAUGUCAUUUGGUAUACCAGUUAACCCUGAAUUGAAUCCGACACAUGAGAAAGAUGAUGAAGAUCCAAUUGGCGCAAAUGGAGCAACUGGUGGAGAAUUAAUGGCUUACACACCGUCCAAUCUUCUAGACUUUGACGAUGACAUGUUCCUGAACACCAAUAACUUGGGCACUGAAUGUACAGAUACUCAGAAUUCAACGAAUGAAUUUUACAAUCAAGAAUCAUUGGAUUUAGAAGAUAGCAAAUCUCUACUGCUUGACUCUUUGGUCUCAGGGAAUGGAAAUUCAUCCGCUAACUUAUAAAUUUAUUAUCAUUUACUGUUGCUUCUGAAGAGUAACUAAUGGAUAAGGCUGAGUCUCUUAACAUCAUUUGAAAAUAAAGGAAAAAAAAUAAUGUUUUUAUGAAAAUCUUAUUGAUUAAAUAAUAAAAGUAAUUAUAAUAAAUAUGUUAAGUCCAUAUAUGAAACAUAAGUAAGCACUCGGAACGCACUUUUAUAAAAACGUAUAUCAUAACAAUAAAAUAAAAGCAGUUUAAAAUAUUUGAAUACUCAGCAAAUAACAAAACAAAAUGAAGUUUUGAAAAAAAAAAAUCAUUUUUACAUUUACAAUAAUUCUGUAAGAAAUAAAAAUGUAUAAAUUUUUAUUAGAGAAUAGUGAGUAGAUGGAAUAAAUGAUGAUAAAUUAUUUAAUGUUGAUGUAGCGGCAAAGUUUUACCUGACAGGAUUUAAAAUUUUAAAUGGUACGGGGGGUUGUAUCAUUUACUUUAUUUACUAUGGGUAAAAUAUAAAAAAACAAGGAAAUUUGCGUAAAAAUUGUUUUAGAGGUGUUAGACAGUACCCUCUACUUUUUUAAAUAUUCAAUGACGAACUGUCAUGGCCGUAUUAAAAUUUUAUUAAUUAAUUAAAAUAUGAGUGAAGCAUCAGUUGAGAGAAGGACAAUUUCGCCGAGAUACAGAUUUAAAAAAAAUUUACUUACAAUUGACAUCAAUUAGGAGUCAAACGAAAUUUGGUAAAUUACUUUUAGAAUACAAAAUUUGAAAAUUUAAAUUAUUAAAUUACCAUAAAUAUUUUACUAAAAUUCUAAUUGAUAACAACUGUAAGUAAUUUUAUCAAAUUCUAUAUCUCGGUGAAAUUGUCCUUUGUUCAAUUAAUGUUUUAAUUUUUUUUAAAUUCAUUACUGAAAUUUUCACACCGUCAUGGCAGUUAAAAGUUAUUGAAUAUUUUUAAAAAGUGGGGGCUAUUGUCUGAGAAUGUCCUCAAGGGUAUUCUUAGACAGUGCCCCUUCCCCUCUUUUUUAAAUAUUCAAUGAACUAGAACUUUCAUAACUGUAUUAAAAUUUUACUAAUUAAUUAAAAAAUAAUUGAAAAAAAAUUACUUGCAGUUGUUAUCAAUUAAGAGUCAAACGAAAUUCAGUAACUAAAAUUUAGAAUAAAAAAUUCGAAAAUUUGAAUUAUAAAAUUGGCAUGAAUAUUUACUUAUAAUUAAUAACAACUGUAAGGGCCAGUUUUUCAAUCCAGGUUUAAAUUAUUAUUGUUGGUAUAUCUAUAUAUUGUAGUAACUGGUAACAGGUUUUACAUUCGUUACAAUAUUAUUAAUGUAUAUAUACUAGCAAUAUUUUUUUAAACCUGGUUUGAAAAACUGAUUCUAAGUUAUUUUUUUUGAAAACUAUACCCGGAAAAAUGUAACGAAGUUGUACUUUUUUCAAUUAAUGCUUUAACUUCAUUCAAACUAAUUGUGUACCUGAAGAACGGAACGUUUUUCAGGCAACAAAAAUGAAAAUAAUUUAUGUAAUUUGACUCUAAAGGUGACUUAAGGGGUAGUUAGGGUCGGCCUGAAAUUUUCGGCUGAAGUACGAAACAUUUCAGAAAUCUAGACCCAGUAGAUUUUUUACUUUUCGUUGUUUUUUUUACUUUCGUUCCGUGAAAAACGUUUCGAUCUUCAGGUGCAUAAUUAAUUAUUAAAAUUCUAAUGAUGAUAUUACAGGUGAAAGUAAUUGAAUACAGUAUUUAAAAAAAAUUGGGGGGUAGUGUCUGAGUAUACCCUCAAGUGCAUUAUAUUUAUUAAUUAUCGUUAAGAUUAUAAUGAUCUAAUCAUCGAUUAAAUAUAAUCUUUGAAAAUUGACUGAAAAAUAUUGAUAAUUAAAUAUAAUAAAUUUAUUAAGAAAAAAACAUAAUCUUAUAAAUUUAAAAUUUUCCAUCAAUAAUCAGAAUUUAAAAUCAAAAUGUAUAUUUACUUUCUUUUUAAAUUUUAUUUUAAAUAAAUCAAUCACACAAAAUAUAAUUUUUUUUACACUUAAUUACUUUAAACUGCAAUUACUAUUUUAAUUUUAAUUAUUAUUGCGAUUCAUUUUGUCUCUACGUGUAAUAGAAUUUCAAUGGCAAUAAUAUUUAUUCUAUUAAUUAGAUAGUACCGUAAAAAAAUAAGAUUUCAUUUAUUAUUAAUAUGAAGUAUCAGAUUUUUUACACUAAUGCUGAGUUACUAUUUAACGUUUGGAUAGGGGUAGUAAAUAAUUAUUUUCACGUUUGUAAUAAGUGCCGUAUCUGUACAAUUAACGAGUAAUAAUCAACUAUUAAAUAAUAUUUAUACGAUCUGAUGAUAAAAAUACGUAAUUUUUAGUAGCAGUUAUAUUUUAUAGAAAUCAGUUUUAUGAAAAUAAAAUUCUAAAAAUACGCCGUAAAAUAAAAGUAAUAAACGAUGAUUAAAAUAAAGUUAAUCACUCAUUAUAUUAAUAAUUUUUUUUGCAUUAAAAAAAGUGGAAAUAAAUAUUAUGUAACUUUUAAAUAAAACUAAAACUAUUCCUGAUUAAAAACUCCGACUGAAAAAUUCUGAUUGGAAAUUUCGGGUUGAUUUUCAGUCAGUUUUAAUCGGAUUUAAUCGAAAAGGUCCGAGUAAAUCCUAUGGAAAGUUGAUUAGAAAUGGAAAAUAAUUGAAAGAAAAAUAUUUUCAGAUAAAAUCCUAUUCAUUUUUAGUGGAAAAUUUCAAUCUGAUUUAAUCAGAAUAUAAAUAUUUUUUUCCGGUAAAAAUUUAAUCGGAAACUUGAAAUUUUCCUGAGCAAUUCUAAUUGGAUGUUUGUUUCCAAUUGAAUCUGAUUGAAAUUUGAUUAAUUUUCAAUCAGAUUUAAUCGGAAAGUUCCGAAUGAAUCCGAUGGAAGAGUAAUCAGAAGCCGGAAAAUAAUUGGAAAAAAUUAUUUUUAGAUAAAAUCCGAUUCAUUCUGAUUGAAAAAUUUCAAACUGAUUUACUCGGAAUAAAAAAUAUUUUUUUCCGAUUGAAAUUCAAUCAAAAACUUGAAAUUUUCCCGAACAAUUCUGAUUGGAUGUUUGUUUGGAAUUGAAUCUGACUGAAGUCCGAUUGAGUUUCAGUCGGAGUUUUUAAUCAGGGAAAAUUGUUAUGUUUCACUCAAUUGCUAGUUGAGAAAAAUUUUUUUUAUUACAUCACUUGAUUAUUUUUUUACACUAAAUAGAAUAUCAUAGAAUAUUUCCACGCUUUUAUAAUAAACAAUUAUUUUAAAGAGAUUAAAACUUAAUUAUUGUAAUGACUAUCUACAAAUUAUAUGGAGUUAUUAAUUAAACUCGAAUUAUUUUUGAAUUAUCAUACUAUAAUAAUAAAUUAUAUAUCACUUUUUGCGGUGGUAUAGCCGCGAUCCAAACUUUGUGUAUAAUUUUGAUUAUGUUUAGUUAUAUAUUAUUAAUAUAAUAUACUAAAUGUAUUAUGAUAAAUUGUAAAAAAUAAAAUAAUAAAUAACAUUAUAAAUAAUUAUUUUAUUAUUUAAUUUUUCCUUGUAGCCAAGGCACAUUAUAAUCAAUAUAAAUAUAUAAAAUUUAUAUUUACAAAUUUAAUAAAUAACAUUAAAUAAAAUUUUUAAUAGUAAAUUAUUACAAUUUUUUAUCAACCGUUUUUAAUAAAUAAAUACUAUUUAUCAUAUAUAUAUAUAUAUAUAUACUUUUUUUUCACUAGAAUUGCACAUUCAACAAGGACGGAAUUUUAUUCCGAAUCGACUUUCCUCAAUAUUUU